AUGGCCGACCAGUCGAGGAAGAGGAAACAAGCGCAAGAUCCCAGCGCAUCCGCAAAGCGACCUCGGUUCCCAAUGCGUCCGCAGCAUCACAUCCCGGCGCAGCCCACCAAAAAUGCCUAUCCCGAUGGGGAGGUCAACGUCAAGAGCUUCCUCAAGUCGCACGAGAAUGAGAUCAAGUCGCUGGAACAUGCCAUGCGCGCGGCAAAGAAGGGCCUCUCGCGCAGAGCUUUUCAGGAUGUCCCCAGAGAGCUGAGGAGAAGAACCGCGAGCCACAAUCCACAGCGUGUGCCGAAGCGGUUGCGGAUGAGGGCGAAGCAGGAAGCAAGGGAAGACAACACGCCCUUUGUCAGAGGGAAGAGUGGCAGUGGGGUAGGAAAAGGACCGAAGGCACAUUUGCGGAAGGAGGGGAUAAAGAAGAGCAGGCAGGAGGGUGCGAAGAGAGCGGAGAAGAGCAAGGCCAAGACUGGCGGGGCUGAUGGCAAGAUGGACAUCGACGAGACUGCACGAGCAGACGAACCGAAGCCAAAGAAGCCAAGGCCAGCAGCAUCGAAGCUCAAGCCCCAGUUCGCGUCUCUAGCCACGCCCGCUACCCCUCCAUCCCGGUUCCGCAGACGACAAAAGGACAAGACAUGGCUACCUACACACGUAUGGCACUCGAAGCGCGCACGCAUGACGGAGCCCAAGGACCCUCUAUGGCGGUUUGCGAUGCCACUGCAGCCUGUGUCAAAGGCAUACCGCUUAACGCACCGGGCUGUCACUCAGCGCGGCGCAGUGGCAUGGGACACAAGCUACAUGUCGACGAUAAGUCUUGAGGGAGCCGAGGCCAGCAUCGUUGGUAUGCUCAAAGGACUGGGUUUCGCUAGUGAAGCAGCGGAAGACCCAUGGCAAGACAGAGGCCGAGCAAAAAAAUGGCGACAUGGCACGAGAGCGUGGGAGGGGUGGAUAUACCAGCGAGAACCACAUGCACACAAGAAGAUCGCACACGUCACUGUGCUUUGGUGUGUGUUGGAAGCGGACAAGAAGAAAAGGAAGGCGUUCAUCCGUGUACAUCCGAGUGCUUUCCUGCAGCUGUGGGAGGAGGUCAUCCGGAUCUCAAAGGUCCAGAAGCCCGGUGUGCUUGUUGAGGACCUGCGCUUCGAGGUGGGCUCCAUCGAGAUCAUAGGACCCGGCGCAGCGGAGACUUUGUGCUCUAUUCUAUCCCCAUCUCCAACUGUCGAACCAGCUCCUGAAGCACCUCAGUCAACAUGGUCAAACUUGGCGUCCAUCACGGAUGUCAGCUCUUUGCCUGUGGGUGCAGUGUUGGCUUUCGAGAUAUCAGACCCUCGAUUUAGCGACCCUCCGAAGACCUCCCGAAUUUCGCAGGACGAGCAAUAUCUAAAUUCGCUGAUGGAAACACUCGCGCAAUGGCCGUUGGAUAGCACGCAAGACCCAUCUCCAAUAUUCGACCGUACCCAGCGGCUUGCUGCACAACGCUCGAUGCCAUCCGACAAGUCCGUCAAUCGUCGUAAAAGCGCCUGCACGCUCGGCGAACGUCCCGAACCACUGCCCACUGACCCACACAUUCCGAUGCUCAUAUAUACUUCACGAGGGAGCAAGUCGUGGACUAUUCUGCUUCCCUGGAAGUGCGUUUCGCCAGUAUGGCGAGGCAUCACACGAUACCCGCUGUCAACGGGAGGCAACCCAAGAUUUGGCGGGUUGAAGGAACGUCGACAGGUCAACUACGAGCGGUCAGUCCCGCUUUUCCCCUUUGACCAUCCUGGUACCGAUGCUGGUUGGGCUUGGGAGCUCAGAGAGCGAGAGAAGAGGGAACACGAGUGGACGAAACGACCCAAAGGCAAGAGGAUCGAAUGGUCCACAGUGGAUCCCGGCAAUGGGGAGAAGGGUGAGAUCGGUGACCCGUGGGCGUGCGACUGGAGAAAGUUCCUCACGACACCCAUGCUGGAUGCCAUAAUGAUGCACGAUGCAAAGAUGAGUAAGCUUGCGCCUUUGAUGCAGCUGUCUGCUAAAGAGGCUACCGACGUGCUUGAUGGAAAACCUCCCAAGUCCGAUCAUCACCGCACGCCGUAUCUAUUUACUGUCAAGGUCACUAUGACACAGCGUGGCGUUCCGACUGACUGUGCUCGGAUCUACCGACUGCCCAGCGAUGAGCAAUUGCGGAAAAGAUGGCUAGCACUCACACCUCAGCCAGGUGGUAAACGGCCACCAAAGAGUAAGUACAAUGGCUAUGCCAGCGAUGCACCUGAACACAUCAAACGCAGAGAACUUGCUAGAAACCUUCUCGAGCCCCAACCUCUGAGAGAUGGGCCUCCCAAAGCCGGGCAAGACGACUAUCCCGUAGUACCUGGCGAAGAGGAUCUCAUUGGCUUUGUGACGACGGGUAAUUUCAAUCUCGCUGAGGGCAUGCCGACUGCAAUUGCAAAUUUAGCCUUGCACCGGGUGCUACCCACUGAGGGGGGCAGUCAGGCGAUACAGAAGCAGGACCGUGUGUGCAUUGUCAGGCCAGCUGGCAGCCCGCUCGCAGCCAUGUCCGAGGACCGGCCGGCCGACGACGACACUGGCGAGGGCGUCGAGUCCGCCGUGGGACUGUCGCCAGAGGCCCUGGUCGAUUUGACAUCGGACAUCCUCGAAGACCUGCUGGACAAUAUCAUCUCCAGCACUGUCAUCACGUGCCACAGAUCCGAGAAGGUCCUGCGCAUGCAAUCCGCAGCGACGCAAGCCGAAUCGCUCGCUCUCGCCAACCUCGAACCGCAGUCGCAGAAGCAGAACCCCAGCGGCGCCGCCUCAUCGUCAAUACCCAUCGCCGACACGCCCGCGGCCAAGUACGAGAAUGGAACCGUCUUCCUCAAGGGCAACCCCCUCAAGACGACGCCCGAGAUAAUAUGUCCGCAUUGCAAGCUGCCGCGGCUGAUGCACCCAAUCAUGGGCAAGGGCAUGCAGAACCCAGAUCUGACCAAGGAGUACUGCAUGCUGUAUCCGUGGGUCCAGCGCUCCGGCCACGACGUCUACGGCAACCCGUUCCCCACAGACAUGGCCAAGAGCAAGAAGGAGCGCGAGCUCAUCAAGCAGCAGCAAAAGAACCAGGAAAAGGAGAGCGUGGGCACGCCGGGAUCACAAGACACCGACAUGGCCGGGGGCGAUGCGAAGGAGAUCAAACUCAACACCGGAGGCAAGCCCGCGAGCUACAUCCCCUGGCACACGUGCCCCAACUGCAAGCGCAGUCUGCUCAUAACGCGCUUCGCACAACAUCUCGAGAAGUGUCUUGGUAUAAGCGGCCGCCAGAGCUCGCGGAACGCCAUGGCCAAACUCGUCGGACAGAACGGCACAGGCACGCCGUUGGGAAGUCGAAUGGGUACGCCCGUCCCCGGCUCGCAAGACGGCGGCGCACCCAUCCGCUCCUCCAAGAACGGCAAAGGCAUCUCCCCAACGAAGCGCAUGGCCCCGCACGACGACGAUGACGAGCUCGGCGCCGACGACACGCCCGAGCGCAAGAAGAUCAAGAAGAAGAGCAACUACGUCAAGAAAGCAGAUCGCGACGGCAAGUCCGGCUCCGCCAGCCUCAAGGUCAAACUGAAGACCGGCCGCCCGGACAUGGAGCGCCGAGCCAGCGAAAUGAGCGAGAGAAGCGAGGGCAAGCGCGAUCGCGACGACGAUGAUGAUGGCGGCGGCGGCGAGAGGCGCAAGAAGAAGAUCAAAUUGAGCAUGAGCAAGGCUGAGAAUGGGCGGGCGAGUGCGAGCGUCGAGCCGCAGGAUUGA